CGUAAUAUCUUCUACUGUUCAUGAAAAUAGAGUCUAGAAUUUAUUUUCCAGUGCUCUUUACCAAAACGUUCUAGAAAAAUCUCAAUAAGUUUCUUUUUAUUGAAAAAAUAUAAUGAAUUUGAAGUAUAGGAUAAUGUUUAUAGUAUUCUUAGUGCCUCAGUGUGUAUGGUCGAAUGGUCAUUGCCCCAACUUGAAGACAGACGUCAAGUCCAUCAGAAAACGAAGGCAUCUGGUGUUCCCGGAUGGCAGUAAUUUCGUUCUAACAAUGGACUUUGCGAAGACUUUCCUCACCCAUGUUCCAUCAGGCUGGUUCGUGACGAUGGAUUUAGACGUGGUGUACCUUCUGCCAGAUAAGAAGUUUAUCAGCUCUCACUUAAGGAGGAAACUCCAUCACCGACAAAAGAGAGAGCUAUGGGAACGGAUCAGAGAUGCUCUAAAUCUACAUAACAUGAACGGCCAUGCUUGUAUCCUAAGAAGUAUCUGCGAGGCGAAGACCCAUUUGGCUCCGCCUGGGAAAUCCUUAGUUCAUGACGUACUCAGAGUCAUUUUCACGGCACCCCUAGAAGAGAAGGAGUUUGCAGAGGAAAUGGGAGACAUUUACAACGAUUUAUCAGACCCUGACCUUUGUGAACGAAGUACCGCGUGUCCGUUUUCUAUUAUUAAUUUCAUAUUAUCCUUUAAUAAAAAAAGAAAAUGAUAUUUUA